CCCUUCUCCUUCCUCGAGCUCGCAACGAGUGGAAGACCCACGUCUUUCUAGCUCCUAGUCUUUUCCCCAUCCGCGGCCGCUGCUGCUCUCGUCCUCCGCCAGCGAGCGAAUCGCCAGCUCGCCGCGGCGGCUGGAGGCGCCUCGCCUUCAAUCAGGUCCAGUGGCAAUUUCAUUGCUGCGAGAGGCAGAAGGGGGGCGGCGGCUUUGGACUUUGGAGUCAACUGUCCUUGUUGCGGUGGCGGUGGCUGGCUAUUCGGCGCCAUGAGCUUCGUGUUCCGGGGGAGCAGGGCGGACAUCGAGGCCGGUGGCUUCCCGGGGUUCGCUCCCGACCGCCGCGCCAUGCGAAUUCAUGCAGGGGGCAGGCCAGUGCAUAGCAAUUCCUUGGCUUUUCUUGUCACAGUUCUUGUUUUGUUCAUGGUACUGAACUCACACCAGAUGUCUCCCAAUUUUUUGCUUUGGCUUGUUUUGGGGGUCUUCCUAAUGGCCACGAGCCUUAGAAUGUACGCCACGUGCCAGCAACUCCAAGCGCAGGCGCAAGCUCAUGCUGCAGCUGCCAAUGGUUUCCUUGGACACACUGAGCUGCGUGUGCAUGUACCUCCAAGCAUAGCCCUUGCUACAAGAGGCCGGUUGCAGAGCCUUAGACUUCAACUGGCUCUCCUUGAUCGCGAAUUUGAUGAUUUAGACUAUGAUGCUCUGAGAGCAUUGGAUGCUGACAACAGCCCACAUGUUCCUUCUAUGAGUGAAGAAGAAAUAAAUACUCUCCCUGUCUUCAAAUACAAAGUUCAGGCACAGCAGGGUAGUGCCUCGGCCCAAAAAAGUGACGGGCCACCUCAGCUGUUGACUUCUUUGACUGGGUUUGGCAAUGAGGUAUUGACAAACACUGACCUGUUUCUCAAGAAAAAGCAAGCAGAUAGAACCAGCAAAACUCCAGAGGAUGAACUAACAUGCAGUGUUUGCUUAGAGCAAGUCGCGGUGGGUGAUCUGUUGAGAAGCCUACCAUGUUUGCAUCAGUUUCAUGUAAACUGCAUCGACCCAUGGCUGCGCCAACAGGGUACAUGUCCAAUCUGCAAGCACCAGGUGAGUGAUGGGUGGCAUGGCGCAGGCAAUGGCGAAGAGGAUGCUUCUUACAUGGUGUAACUAGCCGCCUAGGAGCAUGCCUUAGCUAAUACUUUAGCUGCUGACGAAACCCGUAGAAUGCUGUUCCAGGAGGCGAUGGUUAGACCGAAUCCCUUCAGAUUUAGCGGUGGUGUGCUGUGUGUGUGCGCGCGUGGGUGUGUGUGUGUGGCUAUCCUAACAAAGCUGAGUGUGGAACCAGCUGUUCAGUGUGCUGGGUUCUUGUACAACUAAACACUUCUCUCUGAUGUUUAUAUGGAUCUAAAGGUUGAUGAUAUGUUUUCUUCCCGGUCUUA